AGGGCGGGGAGGAGGAGGAGGGCGGGGAGAAGCCCCGCCCGCUGCCGCGACGCCAUUUGCCACUGCCGAGCGUGGGCACGGGAGGCUCUCGCAAGCACGGGUGACCAGCCUCUCCUGAGCACGCUUCCCGACCUCCCGCACGGUCUUCGUGGCGCGCACUUCUCGGCGUUGCCCGUCGGAGUCACCGCAGUUCCUGCCGCCAGCCUGAGUGCGGUCCCGCACGCUGCCAGCCAGUCUUUGCCGCCAUGCCCAAGAAUAAAGGAAAAGGAGGCAAAAACCGGCGUAGAGGCAAAAAUGAGAAUGAAUCCGAAAAGCGAGAGCUUGUGUUCAAGGAGGAUGGGCAAGAAUAUGCUCAAGUAAUCAAAAUGUUGGGAAACGGACGAUUAGAAGCCAUGUGUUUUGAUGGUGUAAAGAGACUGUGCCACAUCAGAGGGAAACUGAGAAAAAAGGUUUGGAUAAAUACCUCAGAUAUCAUAUUGGUGGGGCUACGAGAUUACCAGGACAACAAAGCUGAUGUCAUUUUAAAAUACAACGCAGAUGAAGCUAGAAGUCUCAAGGCCUAUGGCGAGCUUCCAGAGCAUGCUAAAAUCAAUGAAACUGAUACAUUUGGUCCUGGGGAUGAUGAUGAAAUUCAGUUUGAUGACAUUGGGGAUGAUGAUGAAGACAUCGAUGAUAUCUAAAGCGAACUCAACAUUUUACAUUCCAGUCUUCCGGAAGAUUGUCCUUCAAGCUUGGAAAAGUUUUCACUAUCAUCUUCAUUGUAAUUUGUUGAGAUUACAGUCUUUGAAAAACUGUUAACUGAUAUGCUAAGUCCACUUUGUUGAUUCGAUUCAAUGGUCCUUAAGACUGUUUAAGAAAAAAAAAGCCUUUCCUACUUUGACCCCUUCCAGUAAGUAAAUGGGUGUUUUGAAUAAACCAUUUGCCUUGUACUCAGUAUAAAGUAUGACUAAGCCCUGCCUUUGCAUAGCUGUUGACUGGACAGUCUUUGUGUAUAUUCCAGUUGCCCAGAGAUUUUGAUACAAAUGGAGGCAGAAAUCUGUGUUUUGUUUUUGUUAUAUUUUGAGACAGAGUCUAACUUUGUAUCUGAGACUAGCUUGGAGUUCACUGUAGUACUGGUGGGCCUCAGACUUGUUGGGAUCCUCUUGAGUGCUAAGGGCAUAUGUAUGUACCACCAUACCUGGCAGAAAUCUAUUUAAAGGCAAAAAUGAUAGGUCUGCUUUUCAUAUUUAAGUAUGUGGCUAUUUUUAUACUAGUUUUGAUACCAUGUACAUUUUUUUUCAUGAUUUUAUUUUGCAGUCAUCGGCUUACUGGAGGAAGAAAGGCAUUUCCAAAAUGGUUUUUGGGGUUUGGGGGUUUUGUUUGUUGGGCGGGGAGUGUUGAGACAGGGUUGCUUUGUGUGGCUCUAGCGAUAAUGAAACUCACUCUAUACACCAGGCUGGCCUCAAGCUCAAAGUCGUUUUCCUGCCUUUGCCUCCCAAGUGCUGGGAUUAAAGGUGUGCGCAGCAGCUACCACCGACACCAACACCGCCCGUCUCCAAAAUAGUUUUUGAAACUGGUUUUUCAUGCCAGUUUUGAAUUAAGGUCAGUAGUUGCAAAAAUUGAACAUUAGGUGAUGCUUAGUUGUCUUAACAUAGAAAUACUAUUUUAAUUGUUGAGAUGGUUGCUUGUCUCAACUAGUGUGAACAGGACAUUUCCCAAAGAAAAGAUUGUUUUAAUCAUGUGUGUAGAAUAUUUUUACCCAACAGAAAGAUUGUAUUGGAGUAUUGCUUUUUGUUUCAGGAGUCUUAUUCACAUAAGCUACAAUUUUGAGUACUUUAUAAACACAUAAAACAUAGGCAAGUGAAAAUAUAAAUAUUACAGAGCAAAAGUAUAAAUUAAUGCUUUUUCAGGCUUUCCCUAAACGUGAGGGGAAAUGAGGGGAUAACAAACUUAAGCCUGAUGUAAUGGCAUGGCCUGUAACCCCGCACGGAAGGGCAGGGCAGGAGGAUCAGGAGUUCAGCAUGUUUUCAGAAACUGGUUUUUAAUGCCAAUUUUGAAGAAAUGUCUCAAAAAACAACAUUCAUAACAAGAUGCUUUCUUAUUUCUGAAUCAAAGAGCUAUAGCCGAAAAAGCAGCAUGUCACAGAGGAUCUUGUCGUCUGGUUUAACAUUAGGGACAAGUUUACCGUGGGGAGGGUCCAGGGGAAUCCAAUUUUCUUUCUACUGGGAAAUUAGGUUUGCUCUUAUUUAGGAGUUCUAAGACUAGAAGCUGAGCUAGUCGAAACUCACUAGACAUACUGAAAUCAUUUCAGUUUCAAACCAAGAUCCAUCCUGCAGCAUGUGGACCUUGUAUUUUGCUAUCAUCCAGAAAGCUUUUCAUUCAUGAAAACUGACACACAAAGGAAUGCGCCUUUCACAUGGUUUCACAAACAAGGAGAUGCGCUCUAGUUAUUUCCUAACUAUGACUUCAUCUCCUAGGUUUGCACACUCUGCCUCAAAAGCCGAGGUACCAUAAAAACAUUGGGAAAGACACAGUGGUGCAGUGUAUAUUUCUUCUUCUGUGGAGUUCCUCCGUGUUUAUCUUGGCAGACUGCAUCUGAGAACAAGGCUGCCAAUAGCCUUGCAGCGUUUGCUGAGCAAUUGUCUUCCUUAGUAAUUAGACCUCUGUACCUUAAAAGUGUUUCACCAGCUGGAUGUAGCGUACCCCUGGGAUCCCAGCUCUGGGGGAUUUGUCAUUGCAUAGUAGCUAGGGCUACAUAAGGCACUGGCUCAAAAACAAUAGAAACCAUUUUUGCUCAAUGUGCAGUAUAUAUAGAUUACUCUGUGAGCAGUGUUUUGCUUCUGCUUAGGUGAUACAGCUCAAGCGUUCAUUUUCUACUUUCUGUACCAAACAAGAUUUGAAAUGGUUUUAGAAAUUAGACAAUGACCCCACUUCCUAUCUCUUCUGGUGGUUUUAUCUUUUUUUUUUUUCUUCUUCUUCCCUAAAGCAGCAUUAUUGAGUGCUUUUGUAUCCUGGAAGAUCUGGAGACAUAUUGAUUUAAAAUAGUUGAAUACAGUUGUAUUAAUACAGUAUACAAAUGCUACCUGGAAGAGUUCUUUGAUGUGUAUUUGGUGUGGGAAUCAUAUAGUGUCACGAAUCCAGUUUUAGUUCUAAUAAGGAAUGGAAAUAGUCUUUAAGGAAAUUAUUUGGUUUCUUUAUUUUUGGUUCCUAUAGUAUAGCUCCAAGCAGCACCUAGGAAGAAUAAUAAAAUGUUUGAAAUCGAA